AUGGAGGGAAAUAAAGUGUCUUUGCAUCCAGAGCCAAAAAAGUGGAAGGCUCCAAAGGGCCCAAAACCUGUUCAUCAUAAGAACAAAAAUCUUAUUGGUUUAGGUAGAACCAUUGCCAAUCAAAGGAAACAGGAAAAUGCUAUCGAAUUCUUGCCUGAUGGUGAGAUGAGAUUUACCACAGAUAAGAAGCAGGCUGGCUGGGUAAAGAUGCGCUCUGUUACUCAAGAGAAUUCCUUAGAUGAGUUCUUGAACACGGCGGAAUUGGCUGAUGCUGACUUCACAGCUGAGAAGAACUCUCAAGUCAAGAUUAUCAAAGUGGGAAACACAUCUUUGGUAAACCAGUCUGGCCUUCUCAGUCAAGAAGAGACCGAUGAAAUCAGGAAGAAACACCAGCUCUUCGAGAAUAAGUUGAUAAUACCCAAAAGACCGAAAUGGACCAAGAAUCAGCUGCGAUUAGAAAUCGAGAGACAGGAAAAUCUUGCCUUUUUGGACUGGAGACGCCAACUUGCUGCAUUGUCUGAGAAUCAUGAUUUAUUGUUGACGCCAUUCGAAAGAAACAUCGAAGUUUGGAGACAGUUAUGGAGAGUGGUGGAGAGAUGUGAUUUGAUUGUGCAGAUUGUGGAUGCCAGAAGUCCCCUCUUUUUCAGAUCAGUUGACUUGGAAAACUACGUUGAGUCUUUGAGUAAGCCAGAGGAGAACAAAGAGAAGAAGAAUUUGCUUCUAAUUAAUAAGGCUGAUUUACUUACUAGAAAACAGAGAAAGGAGUGGGCGAAUUACUUAAACGAAAAGAAAAUCAAAUACGUCUUCUUCUCUGCUGCAAAUGCAAAUGCUCUUUUGGAGAAAGAGAAUGAAGAGGAGGAGGCUCUCAGCAACGCGGAGUCAGGUUCGAAAGUGCAAUCAGGUUUUGAAGAUGGAAGUGAGGAAAUAGACUCUGACAUCAAAAUCCUAAAGAUAGAGGAAUUAGAGAGCCUAUUUCUUUCUGCGGCACCUCAAUUCCAACAAACAGAUGAGAAUCCAGACCGUAAGCUUCAGAUUGGUCUUGUUGGUUAUCCUAAUGUGGGUAAGUCUUCUACUAUCAACGCAUUAGUUGGUUCCAAAAAGGUGUCUGUAUCGGCCACUCCAGGUAAGACUAAACAUUUUCAAACCAUUGUUUUGUCUCCAGAUGUUGUGUUGUGCGACUGUCCAGGUUUGGUCUUCCCCAACUUUGCAUAUUCCAAUGGUGAGUUGGUUUGCAACGGUGUACUUCCUAUUCAUCAGUUAAGGGAACACAUUCCUCCUGUAUCUUUGGUAUGCCAAAGAAUCCCAAAAUUUUAUCUUGAAGCGGUGUACGGUAUCCAUAUCCCCAUUCAAAGCAAAGAUGAUGGUGGUAAUGGAGAAUAUCCUACCGCCCGUGAGCUUUUGAAUGCAUAUGCGAGAGCUAGAGGGUACAUGACGCAAGGUUUUGGUAGCGCUGAUGAGUCAAGGGCUUCAAGAUAUAUUUUGAAAGACUAUGUGAAUGGAAAAUUGCUUUACAUUAAUCCACCUCCAAAGAAGAUCGGUGAUGAUCUUUGGGAGAAUCCCGGACUUGAGGAGUCUAGAGAGUUCAACAAAGAACUUUACACAGUGCACACUCUACCCGAAACCAGACAGCAGCAAAUAAGAACCGCGUUGGUGUCAAAGAACUUGGACUUCGAUGAGUUUGACCUCGCUAAAGAUCUCGAAAAAUUAAACUUUUCGAUGCAUGUGUCUAGUGAUAACAACCUGAAAGUCACAGGACAGUCUAAUGCAGGUGCAACUACACAUUUCUAUGGUGGUAGGCAGGCGGCGUUGGAGAGUGCUGCUGAUGACUUGGACAGAGAAUUCUUCCAGAUGAACAACGUCCAGGCGAAAAUGGAUUCUCCUUUCCACAAGGGUGAUGUUCUUGGAAAAGGCAGCAAAAAACAUCACAAGAAGAACAAGAAGUCGGACAAAAAGAAGCGAGUUGUGGGAUACUGA